UAUUGAACAGGCAGUGCUAUAAUGAAUCUUCGAAUGGGAGAUUGACGAGGUUAGGGGCGUGUGUGACGCGUGUAGCUGUGGCAGACACUCGUCCACGGAGAAUAGAAGAGAGAGAGAGAGAGCGUGCAGGGGAGGGAGGAGGAACUAAAAUAAAAAAGUUCAAACUAAAAAUGGCUUCCUUGUCUUUGGAGUCUGCAGAACAAUCCGAGAAUAGCACGGAGGAGUCUACCCAAGAGGCCGCUCUGGUAAAAGAGGAGACGGAUCCGGAUGAAGUUUCAGAACAAUUGCUCAAAACUUUCCAGAACUCCGCUCUCAGCUUUUCGACAGAUCAAGUAGCAUGUCUGUGCGAAGCCCUUCUACAGGCGGGCAAUGUGGAUCGCCUGUGGAGAUUCCUAUCAACCAUCCCUCCUUCGGCGGAGCUGCUACGUGGCAACGAGACGCUGCUCAAGGCCCAGGCACUGGUCGCUUUCCACCGGGAAGAAUUCAAGGAGCUGUACGCAAUAUUGGAAAGCCACGACUUCCACCCCAGCAACCAUGGGUUCCUGCAGGACCUCUACUUGCAGGCGCGCUACAAGGAGGCGGAGAGGUCCCGAGGUCGUAGCCUGGGCGCCGUGGACAAGUAUCGGCUUCGGAAGAAGUUUCCCCUGCCGAAAACAAUCUGGGAUGGAGAGGAGACUGUGUAUUGUUUCAAAGAGAAGUCUCGCAAUGCACUGAAAGAGUGUUACAAAGGCAACAGGUAUCCCACUCCAGACGAGAAGAAAAACUUGGCCAAAGUGACUGGACUCUCCCUCACGCAAGUUAGCAAUUGGUUCAAGAACCGACGACAGAGAGACCGAACCCCGUCCGGUACCAACAGCAAAAGUGAGUCCGAUGGUAACCACAGCACAGACGAUGAGGGUGAUGACAUCUCAGACAAACCAGAGGACAUUGUGGGCUCCACAGCCUCCAUCUCCCUCUCUGGCACCCCCUGCAGCACUGGAGGCCAGCUCUUCCUCAACGGGGCAGGUGGGUUCCUCACCGCCUCCCACCCCUUACUCAUCAACGGGGGCUCCCUGAUCUCCGGGGCAGGGGGUGGCGUCAUCAUCAACGGGCUGACCCUGAGCGAUGGUCACACGGUUACCCUCAGCCCCAUAUCGGCUAACUCACCUCUGCUCUUCAAUGGAGCGCAGGUCAUAUCCAAGAGCAGUGAGGAUAUGGGUCUUGAGGGCCAGGGGGUUAUGGCCAUGGAGGCCCAGCCCAGUUCUGCCAUCUCCCUCCCUCUGACAGAGGAUCUUAAGACGGACAAUGUAAGCCUGACGAACCCCUCAACCAUCCCCACCCUGGACUUCAUCAAUGUCCCAGAGGGGAUGGUUCUCAAAGCCGAGGACAUCCAGACAGUCUCUCCUUCCUCCUUGUCUUCCCCCUCAACAUUCUCCCCCACCUCUCUUUCCUCCCUGGUUCUGACUCAAAAUGGCUGCCUCUCCGACACCAUCACCCUUCCGGUCUCUAUGUCCUCUCCGGGCGUGGUCAUCUCCAGCCCUGUAGUGGGCCUCCCCAGCCAGCAGGGGGAGUAUGUGGUGUUUGCCACGGCUGGUUCUCAGCUCACCCCCUCCAGCUCCAUCUGCCAGGUGGUGUCCUCCUACAGCUACUCUACCCCACAGGUGUUCUCCCUGCCUCAGGUGGUGCCCUCCAUCCAGGGUGUCCCCGUAUCCCAACUGGUCCAACACACACCUGGAGGCCAGGUGUCCCAGUGUCCCCAGUUGAUCCCUGUGUCCCCCCUCACCUCCUCUCUCCCCCAGGGCACCCUCUCCCAGUUCCAGGCCCACCAGACUCUGAACAUCGCCCCCCGCCUCGCCCAACCCCUCCCCCAGCAUCAUACUAGUUCCUCUACGUUGGGAGAGGGAACCACCAUCCUCUCCCUUUCCCAGCUCCCCAACGGACAGCUCCCCCAGGGACUCACACUCCAGCUGGGUGAACAGACCUCAGCUACCAUCCCCACUCUGACCCAGAUCCAGUCCCCACUAGGCCAUCACCAGAUCAUCUCUCAGUCCAAAGAGACAAUCCCAGGCCAGUUGGUUCCCCUCUCCCUGCCCCAGCUGGUGCCUGUCUCCUCCACGGGACAACUCUCCUUCCCUCAGGUGGGCCCGUCCACCCCUUCUCUAUCUGGAUCUGGUGGAGCCUUCCAGAUCCUAACCUCGGCCCCUGGAGGUGGGAUGACUCAGGGGCCCUUCAGGAUAAACCAGCUGGGACCCCUCCAGACUGUAGGCCCCCCGACCAGCAUGGCUCCUGGUGUCCAGCUCCUCAACUCUGGGGUCAUUCAGCUCCCCUCCGCCUCGCCAGGGAAUCUCCUCUAUGGUGGAAGCCCCAUCCUGAGUUACCAGAACGGCAAGCUGAUCCUAACUAUCCCAGCUGGCAUCCAGUUCGGCAGCCUGCCCAUGAAACCCGUCCCUGAGGCUUCUACCCACCCCACCAACGGAGUAGGCCCUGGACUCACCCUCAACCCUGUCAUCCAACCUACACCUACCCUCCUCCCAGUCUCCACCUCCGUCCCAACGUCGAACAGCCUCCAGACGUCCCCCCUCUGCUUCAUCAACUCCUCUCCGCUCUACUGCACUCCUGAGAUGGGUGUCCCCACCAACCAGCCCCUCUCCACCACCUCCCCACACACCCUGGACCUCUCUGCCACCCACACUCCUCCCAAUGCCCUCACCCCAGAGAGCAUGCUCUCCCUCAGCCCCAUGUGCAGCGGAGUGACCCCCACCACUCAGCUCUCCCACACCACCUGGAGCCCUGUCCCCCUCUCCACCUCUGCCAGCCUGACUAUGUUUGACGUCCGUGGGAAGGGAGAUCUGCCCGAGGACCCGCCUCUGCUGGACCUACCUGGAGGCGAGGCCCUGCUACUAGGCAGCACCUCUCCAGAACAGGAUGUGGACAGGGGGUCGCCGUUGGGGGACCCAGUGGAGAUGGAUGGAGACCCCAAGAUCCUCACCCAGCUACAAUCAGUCCCUGUGGAUGAUGGGUUGGGGCUGUAAUCCAGUCCCCCAGCCCACACCACCACAAACUGUUACAGAACAAUCUGGAAGGUUUUGUUUGUCUGACCUCAGUGCUCCCCUGGCUAGGUUUGCAUUGAGGAGUGGACGGGCUUUGACUCGUAAGAGAAAGGUGCUUUGACUAAAUAAAUCCUCUGCCGAUGAUCCUUUGGAUAAACCGUCAUGGGAUAGGCUGAUUGUAUGCAACGCGGAAUGACCUGGAGGAUGGCCUUUCAUACAGGCUAGCCUAUUCCCUGAUUUGUGUUACUCAACUGUCCACUGCUUAGUCUCCACAAUUUAAGCACUCCUCUGCCUUCCAUAAGCCCAGAGCCCUUCCUGUGUCCAGUCAGAGCACAACAUUUAUUUGUAAGGACAUUCUGCUACUUUUGUGCACAGACGUCCGUUUCAGCCAAGACUAUUUGUACUACAAGGGAAUGAAUGCCUUGGGUUUUAUAUGUGGUGUUGGUUGAGCAGUAUGCCACGGCCAGGCUCUGUCUUAAGUCUCUAAACACAGUCAAAUGCAGACCCAGACGAGCGUUCAGUCCUGUUGAGUUGGUGGUUCUGCAUGGCUGCUCACUCUAGUGCUGGUGUAGUUUUGAGUGCUGCCGAGUAUUGCACGGUUUGGCCUCGGUGAAGGCUACAGAGAGUGGACUGACAGUGGCACCAGAAACCUGGGACUUCUAGCAUUGAGAUGGACUGUGUACCCCUCUCUGUCAAAACUGGUCAGCAGUGUCACUGCAUCAAGGGCGCCGGCUCAUCAUUUAACGACAUUUUGGUAUAAAUGCUAAGCGCUAUCGCAUCUGAGGUAUGUAGGAGGAAAUGGGAGUCCCCUGAGAUUUCUUUGUUCGUUUGUUUUUUUACUCUAUGCAAUCAAUGCAUGUUCCUCGUGAAAAUAUGACCAUGUGACACAGAUAUGACAUGUAUUACAAGCAGUAUGUAAGCAAGUCUAAUUGGGAUAGACCAAGCUUUUAUUAAAGAUCGCCUUUUUAUACACUA